GGCCGCGGUUCGCGCAAAGACAGCGCCAAACCUGAUGGACCUCUUGUGGCCUUCUCUCCCAUAUCGAUGGCCACAAACCACAACAUCAUUGAGUACUGCCGGACGUCGAUGUCGGCGAUGAGCGGAUCCGUGGCCGGCAUUAUCGGUCUCACAUCACUCUAUGGCUUCGCCUUCUACUUCGUGAUGGCUGUCAUCCUAUGGGUUAUAAUUGUGGUCAAAGUGGGCAACAAUUGGACCAAAUAUUUCACUUCUCGCCGACAGAUACUGACCAACGGUCUGUUCGGCGGUCUCACCACUUAUGUCCUCUUCUGGACAUUCCUCUACGGUAUGGUUCAUGUCUAUUGA